CCGUCAAAAGCCGCAUCUCACAUCCAACCCCAGCUUCCGCCAUCCCAACCUCGCAUCCUCGACCACAACUACCUCGCUCACCUUCACUUCACCCUCAUCAAAACCCCACCAUGUCAAAACCCACCAUCUACGUCGUAAUCUACAGCACCUGGGGCCACGUCAAGACGCUCGCGGACAGCAUCAUCAAAGGCCUCAACGACGGCGGGCAGGUCAACGCGGAGCUGUACCGCGUCGCCGAAACGCUGCCUCAGGAGGUGCUGGAUAAGAUGCAUGCGGCCAAGUUUGAUGAUAUCCCCGUGUUGGAUCCGAAGGACUUGGUUAAGGCUGAUGCGUUUUUGUUCGGGAUUCCCACGCGAUACGGAGUCCCCGCAGCGCAAGUCAAAGCUUUCUGGGACGCCACCGGCGGUCUCUGGUCCACAGGCGCACUGAUCGGAAAGUACGCUGGCGCCUUUACAUCCACUGCGUCCCAGCACGGUGGUCAAGAGACUACUAUCUACACCUUCAUCCCGCACUUGGUUCACCAUGGCAUCAUUUUUGUUCCUCUUGGAUACCAAAGCAAAGUCCUCUUCAGCAACGAAGAAGUGAUCGGCGGCUCUCCAUGGGGCGCAGGCACGAUUGCCAACGGGGAUGGAUCCAGGCAGCCGUCUGCGCUCGAGUUGGAGGUUGCCGAGACGCAGGGCAAGACUUUUGCGGCUACCGUUCUUAAGGCGUGGAAGCCUGUCGCUGCCGAAUGAGAACUUUUUGUCGUUGAACGAUCUGGAGUUUACAUGGGACUUGUAUUGUAAGAGUUUCCAUGUACGUCUUUGGGGACCAAUGGGUUAUGCAGCAAUAGAGUGUGGGCACGGGAAUCAUCUUAUAGGCUGAACGUUUAAAUGAAGACCAAUAUGUAUGGCUAUUGAAUGCCAGUUGCUU